AUGAUCGUUUGUAACGUGAGCCUGAGCUGUGCACACUGUCCCGGGGGAGGAGCUGGAGGCACGGCGGCGGCCACGGUGACGGACGCGUACGAGCAGGUGCCCGGUUCUCUCCCUCCUCCGACCCUGAGCCCGAAGGGGCACCUGGUGGUGGCGGUGUGCCUCGGCUUCAUCGGCACCUUCGGGUUCCUCAGUAACUUCCUGGUGCUGGCGCUGUUCUGCCGGUACCGGGCUCUGCGCACGCCCAUGAACCUCCUGCUGGUGAGCAUCUCAGCGAGCGACCUGCUGGUCAGCGUGCUGGGCACCCCGUUCAGCUUCGCGGCCAGCACCCAGGGGCGGUGGUUGAUCGGACGCGCUGGGUGCGUUUGGUACGGGUUCGUUAACGCAUGUUUAGGCAUCGUCUCCCUGAUUUCCCUCGCCGUUCUUUCCUAUGAGCGUUACUGCACUAUGAUGGCGCCAACUAUAGCCGACGGCAGAGAGUACCGCCCGGCUCUGGGAGGGAUCUGCUUCUCCUGGCUCUACUCUGUGUUCUGGACUGUACCUCCGCUGCUGGGCUGGAGCCGAUAUGGGCCCGAGGGUCCCGGCACCACCUGCUCAGUGGACUGGAAGACCAAGACGGCAAACAAUAUCUCCUACAUUGUCUGCCUCUUCACCUUCUGCCUGGUCCUGCCAUUCUGCGUCAUCCUAUACUCCUACGGCAAGCUGCUGUACACCAUCAGACAGGUCAGCAGUGUGAGUUCAGUGGUGACCCGCCGCAGAGAGCAGAGGGUGCUGGUGAUGGUUGUCACAAUGGUGGUGUGCUAUCUGGUCUGCUGGCUGCCUUAUGGAGUGGUAGCUCUGCUCGCGACCUUUGGCCCCCAUGACUUUCUGACCCCGGAGGCCAGCAUCACGCCAUCACUGCUGGCCAAGUUCUCCACCGUCAUCAACCCUUUCAUCUACAUAUUCAUGAACAAACAGGUGAGGUGUUCUCUGUCGCUUUAUCUCUCCGAGUUAUCGCUCUUCUUCUCGAAUGGACAUCUCUCUUUGUCUUCCCACUGUUACUGUUAA